AAACGAAAAGAAGAGCCUCCAAUUCUCCACAAAUGUUAAGAUUUCCCUUCUUCUCCUACAUUGUGAUUCAGAAUUAAGCCAGAGAAGGCAAUAAAAAGAAAGAAUCAGAAGGUGUUUUACUAUAAAAGGGUUAAUCUCUUUUUAUCCUCAAUCUGACAAUUGUUUCCGCCCACAUUCUCUCUUUUUCCUCUCUCCGUUUUCAUUGGUGACUUACACUCUUUUAACAAAACAACACACACAUCCACAGCUCCCCAAACUGGAAGUUAACAAAAAUAACGAGUAGGAAAAAAAUGGUCCGAGAGAAGAUUCAGAUCAAGAAAAUCGACAACCUCACGGCGAGGCAGGUGACUUUCUCCAAGAGACGAAGAGGGCUUUUCAAAAAAGCCGAGGAGCUUUCUGUUCUUUGCGAUGCUGAUGUUGCUCUUAUAGUCUUUUCCGCUACUGGGAAACUGUUUGAAUUCACCAACUCCAGCAUUAAGGAAAUUAUAGAGAGGCAUCGUGUCCACUCAAAGAAUCUUGAGAAAAUGGAAGCCCCGUCACUUGAAUUGCAGUUGGAGAGCAGCAACUUGGUCAAGCUGAAAAAGGAGAUUGCAGAGAAAAGUCAGCAGCUGAGGACGUUAAGGGGGGAGGAGAUCCAAGGACUAAACAUUGAAGAAUUGCAGCUGCUCGAAAAGAGUCUUGAAGUUGGAUUGGGCCGUGUGAUUGAGAAAAAGGGCGAAAAGAUUAUGAAAGAGAUCCAAGAACUCGAAAGAAAGGGAAAGCAAUUGAUGGAAGAGAACGAGCGAUUGAGGUGGCAAGUGGCGGAGAUCACCAACGCACAAAGACAAGCAGCUGCUGAAGAGGAAGGGCAGUCAUCAGAGUCGGUAACCAAUGGCAACUCAGGCCCCCCGCAGCCCGACUCUGAAAGCUCUGAUAUUUCUCUCAAGUUGGGCUUACCAUAUGGUGGUUAAAAUGGGAAGCCGGGAGAAGCAGUGUAUGAUGAGGCACAUUUGGAAACUGGGGACGUUGUAGUUUUAACUAAACUUAAAGCUAACCCAGGUGCAGGUAAUUGCACGCAGAUUAUAGAGAUCAUCAUCAAAACUCUAUAUGAUGAAAGUAUUUGUUAUAUUAUCGGCCUUAAUCUGUGAAACUCAGCACUUUGUUUAUGUUCAAGAGACAUUAAUUGAAAGAUGGUGUGUGAAAUCAAAGUUACGGUGAGGAUUUGACGGAUA